GUGCACCGUGAAGACGUCAGCAGGAACAGUGUUUUGAGUGAGCGCACGGAAGUGUAACAUGCCCGCUUUUCUCUAAUAAACAGCUAUUUUUUGAGCUGUUUUGGUAUUUAAUUUAAAGACGCAUGGCUGUUCCAGGUCCCAAUAAAGACAACAUCAGAGCUGGGUGCAAGAAAUGUGGAUAUCCGGGCCACCUGACAUUUGAGUGCAGAAACUUUGUCAGAGUUGACCCUCAAAAGGACAUCGUCCUCGAUGUAAGCAGUACGAGCAGUGAGGAGAGUGAAGAUGAGGUCCCCGCGGCAGCACAAAAUGAGAAGAUAGGAUGCGGCAGACAGGAUCGUAGAGGUUCCCGUGAUGUUGAUGACCGCAAAGCAAGACACAAGAGGAGAAAGAGCAAAGACAGAAAAUUUGGGAAAAGGUCUUACUCGUCCUCAAGUGACGAGGGGGCUAAGAAGAAGAAAAAGAAACGCAGCAGCUCCUCAACUGAUGAAGAGGAGAGAAGGAAGAGCAAGAAACUUAAAAGCUACAAGAAGAAAAGCAAAAAGCACAAAAAGGAACAUGGGAAACACCAUAAGAAGAAGGAGAAGAAGAGGAAACGUGAGUCUUCCUCUUCCAGCUCCAGCACAUCCUCAGACAGCUGAAUGCUGUCGGGACCUCUCUCUGUCCAUUCCACAAACACUCCUGUCUGAGACUUUCCACAAAGACAUGUCAGAGCUGAAACUACCAAAGUGUUUCUUACUGAAACGAGGAGUCAGUUUACAUGCUGCAAAAAAGCUGUUUGUUCACUUGACAUUUUGUGUAGAAACAUUGUCUUCGGCAAUGUUUAUAUUUGGUCAUAUUUUCUGUUCAAUGGAUGUUUAGCAGAGACUAAAUGUGGACUCACUAAAUUAGAGUGGACCUCAAGAUAGCCAGAAAAAUCCCGACUCUGUCUGAACCAGGGUACUGUAACCAAUAAACCUUGAUUUGAUUUUUC